AUGUAUUUUGUGCCUCUCUUGAUAUUUUGCUUAUCCAGCGUCUCUGGGCAAGUUCACCCUGAUGUACUACAUGAUGAAAGUCAGGACUACCAAUGGCGAAAUUUCGUUAACAAGAAACUCGACAACCUGGAAAAUCUUUUGACUGCCAAAGACGAAAUUAUCAACCAACUGUUGGGAAAGAUUCAAGAUCAGAGGGUUGAAAUGACGGAGAUAAAAAGGAACAUUAUGUCAAUUGAGCACUUCAUGAUUCGCAAAGACAGUGUUUUUAACAAUUUUGCAGAACAAGUUAAAAAUUUGAAGAAUCGUGUAUUCGAAGACCAAGAGAAAGGCACAGGCAUUUCAUCUGUCAAUGAAAGUUUGUCAUUUGAUUCAUUAUUUCCCGAGGGUUUGCAUAACUCUUUUGACAAUAGCAGAUUUCUUGAUAAACCUGAUGACGUUCGGAGUAGCCUUGACGAUGUUCGAAGUAACCCUCACCCUAAUUCACGUUCACCCGAUGUUGGAAACGAAUACAAUUACCCGUUCCAUGGAGGUCUUCCUUUAGACGAACUGACACCAAAACAAAACCGUGUUCCUGUAUCACCGCCUUCACAGCCUAUUGCCUUUCACGCAUAUCUCAGCUCAACUGUAACUAUUGGAAUAAAAGCCGCAGUUGUGUUUGAUCAAGAGUCUUUAGACGAAGGAAAUGGAUAUGCUCCUCAGGACGGAAUCUAUGUUGUACCAGAGUCGGGAACCUACGUUUUCACAUGGACGAUGCUUUGUGAAAUAAGAAAAGCUUUCCAAACCCAGCUGAUUGUGAACGGAGUGGUCAGGGGGUCUUCUUACACAGAUUCUGAUGAAAUCAACGACUAUCACCAAAGUAUGCAAUUAGUAGUUUUAGAAGUAAUGAAUGGGGAUCAUGUGUUUAUUCGUGUUGGUUCCAUCUUCCGUGGUGCGGGAAGUACAACAAUAAAAAGCGAAAACACAUUAUCACAUCCUACGUUCUCUGGUUGGAAAAUUUUAUAG